AUGCAUUUCUCAUUUUUAUUCGUAGCGAUUUGCCUUGUUUUUGCUACGGUAGAUUCUUCGGUAUCCACGUCUGAGAUUGAAAAGCGACAAAUGCCUGGAAAAGGAAUCCCUGGAAUGGAACGACUUUUGAUGCCCAACGUUUUCCCGAGAACAUACUUAGAUACAAGAUGCACAGAUGGAGAAAGAACAAGAAUUAAGACUGCUUGGGAUGAGGCAAAGUUACUUGCGGAAGCACAAACUGGAAACGAUGGCCGGUUCGAUCAUAGUGCUGUACACGAAACGUGGUUUGGCAAAGAAUGGAAUCUGAGGGAUACUCCUCUUCGGGAGAUGCGGUCAAAGGCUAUCCAAGAUAACUUUGAAGGCCUCGCAAGGCUGUUUGGAGGAAUACAAGAGGACAGCGAAAAUUUCGUUUGGUGGUGCAAUGAUCAUCCUACCGAAGAUCGUUGUUCCGACGAGGAAGGAGAAGAUACAGAUGCAUUACUGGGGGCCAGGACCUGGUACUUGGAGGACCAAGACUUUGGACAAGACGAGGAUCACGUCAUAAAUAUCCAACAUGUUGUUUUUUGUCCCCAGUGGUUCGACACUGAGACACUAGGAGAGCAGAUUUCCAGAUACAAAGACGACAAGGAAGAGCAGCAAUUCAUAACCAAUUUUGAGUCGAAUGCUGGUGUAUUUAUGCUACACGAAAUCUACCACUGGAAAGCAGUGGCAUCGAAACCAAUAAUAGACUAUGCGUAUGGUGUGGAGGAUUCAAUCAAGCUAGCUCGAGAGAAAGGAACAGAAUUGGCGUUUGCAAACUCGGAUUCUUAUACUCUCGAUGCACUAAAUAUUUACAUCCAGCAAGCAUUUGGUUUGGUUACGGAUCCUUCUUAG